GACAUCAAAUACCUCCAUUUGCUUGAGUAUAUCGACGAAGUAGAAACUCUCAUGGACACACUCCAUCCGCAGCUAGCCCAGGGGUUUUUGAGUCUCUCCAGGGCUAAUUUUGCGUCUGGACUCGGCAUAGGAAAGAAGUUUGGACAGGACUACUGGGAUUAUGGUGAACGGGACUCGCACGUGCACGUCUGUGUGGCCACAGGCGAGUUUCGGGAUCUUCUCCAGGAGCAGAACGACAAGGUAGAUGAAAAGGCAGUGGAGAACGCGGAAGCAGAGACGUCAGGACUACGUAGCAGAAAUAGCAAACUUGAACCCAAGAAAAUCGAUACAGUUGAAGCGCAACCAGUGAAAUUUAAGAACCAGAUCAGAAUGUUCAAUGGUGGCAUGGUUCCGCUUCCCUUGCGCCAGAGCCAGCAAAAGUUCAAGUCCUGUUUACCAAUAGUGGUGAAGAUCGCUCAGCUUCGUCAACAGAUAUCAGAUCUCAUGGAUGAACUC